CCCCCUGCCCUCGCCAUGCCCAGAGCCUUCCUGGUGAAGCGCCGGAGCCCGCAGCCGGCGGUGCGCAGCUGGGAUGGGCUGCCCGACGAGGAGAGAGCCGACACCUACAUCCCAGGCGGGAUCGGCUGCGUGCUGCUGGGCUACGAGGACAGCUGCAGCUUGGAGAGCAGCGGGAGCAGCGGGACCCGGGACGCGGAGCCCAGCGACUCCCCGACGCCCCAGCCCGCCCCCGGCGACUUGGGCACGGCCGGGGGGAUGCUGCUGGACCUGGCUGUCAAGCGCCCCGCGGUCAGGUCGAAAAUCAAGUUCACCACCGGCACCUGUAACGAUGCUACGGUGCAUAGCUGCGAGCUGUGUGGCAAAGGCUUUCGCUUGCAGCGGAUGCUCAACCGUCACAUCAAGUGUCACAGCCAGGUGAAGAGACACUUGUGCACCUUCUGCGGAAAAGGCUUCAACGACACCUUUGAUCUGAAAAGACAUGUUCGGACCCAUACCGGAAUUCGUCCUUACAAAUGUGAGGUUUGCAACAAAGCCUUCACCCAGCGCUGUUCCCUGGAGUCCCACCUUAAGAAGAUUCACGGUGUGCAGCAGCAAUACGCCUACAAACAGAGGCGAGAUAAACUUUACGUGUGCGAAGACUGCGGCUACACAGGCCCCACGCAGGAGGACCUGUACCUGCACGUUAGUAAUGUUCACCCCGGAAGCGCUUUCCUGAAAAAAACCUCAAAAAAACUUGCAGCGGUUUUGCAAAACAAACUGAGCCCUGUCCUGCAGAGGAACUCCAAAGAUGACGACAAAGAUGAGUAACACGGUGGAUUACA